ACAGCCGCUGUGGACUUUGAAACAGACGAGCUGAUACAGAAGACCAUCAGGAGUGAGUUCAAGGACAGCACAGUGCUCACCAUUGCACACAGACUUAACACAAUUCUAGACUACGACAGGUAAAUUUAACGUUUAACGUUGACCAGCCACGUAUCUCUCGCUGGCUUUAUUUUGAAUAUAAUUUCAAGAACUACAACCGUAUCUAUAUCUGCAUACUACAGCCAUAUCUAUAUCUGCAUACUACAGCCAUAUCUGUAUCUGCAUACUACAGCCAUAUCUAUAUCUGCAUACUACAGCCAUAUCUAUAUCUGCAUACUACAGCCAUAUCUAUAACUGCAUACUACAGCCAUAUAUAUAUCUGCAUACUACAGCCAUAUAUAUAUAUAUAUAUCUGCAUACUACAGCCUUAUCUAUAUCUGCGUACUACAAAGGUAUCUAUGUUUGUGUAUUACAGCCGUGUCUCUGUUAUUAAAUUAAUUGGAUGUUAUUGGAAUGACCUUACAAAUUAAUCAUUUGUUCUCUUACAUGUUCACAGAGUGAUGGUCCUUGAUCAGGGUUACAUCAAAGAGUUCAGCUCACCCAACAUCCUUCUCAGUGACAAGACGUCCAUCUUCUACGGCAUGGCUAAGGAUGCAGGACUCGUCUAGGACAACUGCCUGUUAAUUUGGCAGAUUUUUAUUAUUAUUAUCAUGUUUGAAAAAAUUGAUUCUGGAUAUUCGGACGUUGGGCGUUUAAGGGCAAUGGGUAUGUAGGGGGUCAAUGGGUGUUUAAGGCAAUGGGUGUUUCAGGGUGAUGCUUCUUUUAGGGAAAUGUAUGUUAGAACUUAGUGUUUUAAAGGGCUGAGUGAUCAUGCAAGUCUUGAUUCUACUCAAAUGAUGUUAGUGUAUUCCCUUUUUAAAUAUGAACUAAAUAAUAUGCAAGUCUUAAGGUCAAGUAAUGUAAAUUUUGAUUUUUGCUAGAAAGUUAUUUUUGUUAGAAAGUUAUUUUUGUUUAGAUUUUGAUGUUUAAAUGAUUUUAAUUUAUUUUUCUUCUAGUAUGCAAACAUAAUACGAGGUGGGAAAUGUGCUGCCUUAAGAAAAUUUUAAGUCAUUUUUUUAUUUUAAAUUCACUGCAUUUUUAACGCUGCAAAAUGUUACUCUGGAUAUAUCACACUGCAAUGAUAUCAAUACCCCUUAUCCCCCCCCCAACCCUUAACCCGAGCCAGAAAAAGCAACAAAAAGUAAAACAAGACAAAAACUACACAUAGACACAAAUUAAUAUACAUACUCUUAGAACCAGAUGUCUUCUAUAAAUAACAAUGAGACAUAACAGCACUAGCUCUUAUCAUACUGUUGCUACUGCUGUAAGAUCAAAUAUUUAAGAUAACCGAAAAGCCUACAAUGGAAUAUUAGCGAAACUGAGAACUACACCGCGUUCAGUAGAUUGUGGGCCCUGAUUGUUGCUGUCAGCUGGCGUUCUCUCCCCCUUGACUGACCACACGGACCUAAUGAGCUCAGUCAUGGGGGACUAAUCACCCCCUGAUAGAAACCUGUCGCCACCACUGACUGCGGUGGAAUUAAAUGGUGUUUGUGUCAUGGGCUAGUUGUCUAAUAAUGAAACUGUGUUUAAGCAGAGUUGCUGGAUUCUGCUGGAAUUUUUUUAAUAAUUAAAUUGUUGCCUUUGUUUCACCUCACAUGACUGAGGGUGAGUUCUUUUGAUAUUGUGUUUAAUUUUGUCUAUGUGCGUGUCAGUUAUCUGAAAUGAUUUUUUUUUUUUUUUUUUGUAUUGGAAAAAUAGUUUUUUUUAAUUCUGGAAACAUCACUUUACUGUUUUCACGGCGUCGGCCUUUUUUUUUAUUUUUUGUAUUUUUUUUUUUUUUUUUUUUUUUGUUUUUUUGUUUUUUGAAAUUUUUUUUUUUUUUUUUUUUUUGUAUUGGAAAAAUAGUUUUUUUUAAUCCUGGAAACAUCACGUGACUGUUUUCACGGCGUCGGCCUUUUUUUUUAACGAUAACAAUUUGUUACUGACAAAACAAUGAUCAAUCGUUUGCUGUUCGUCAAAUGUCAAAUGUCAACUGUCGUUCUUGAAAAAAUUGAUAAUUCAAUCACGUUAUCGUUUUCAUAUGCAGUUUUGUGUGGAAACUGUUUUCUUAUCAAAAAUCAAUACGAGUGUUAUCUUAUCAAAAGUCAAUAAGAGUGUUAUCUUAUCAAAAGUCAAUACGAGUGUUAUCUUAUCAAAAGUCAAUACGAGUGUUAUCUUAUCAAAAGUCAAUAAGAGUGUUAUCUUAUCAAAAGUCAAUACGAGUGUUAUCUUAUCAAAAGUCAAUACGAGUGUUUAAAAUAAUUGUUCGUUGUAAUUUAAGUUGAAAUGUAAAUCUUUGUGUAUAUUAAACAAGAGCUGUGUUUACUAAAAAUAUAAAAUGAUAUGUUUUAUUACUGUCGCUAUGUGCAUUUCUUGAACCACCAUUAAACUGUAUGGGAUAAAUUAAAUGAAAUUAGGUUUAGAAUUUAGGACAAGGUUUUAAAGUGAUCUAUUCAAAACCAAGUUCCAGUAAAUCACAUUAUCUCGAAUCCAUUAUCGUUUGAAUUGUACGGCUGUAGCUGACACAGCACAGUGCUUCAGUUAUGUGAUUUAAAAUCAAAAGAAAUAAUUCUACAAUCAACCCCCUUUUCAAAUGUGUUUCCCUCUACUCUAUGUUUGUUUUUCCCAUCGAGUGGUAUGUGGUAGUUUUUAAAUGACUGUCAAUUAUUACCUGACUUGCCACAUUUAUUUUAACAAGUUAAUGAAUUAUCUUUAAUAAAAUAUGUGCGUAAUGAGU